AUGCAUUUGCCCAUCAACACGUCCAUGCUCAGUGGUUGCCUCUCUCACGUGUCGCGAUGGCUGUCAUUCCCUGCAUUCCAGCGGCAAUUUUGCGGGGAGCUGAGCGGGAAGCGGCUAUUGCCCACGACGCCUGCGAUCAGCAGGGACACUUUUUGGCUGCAGUUGGUCGGACGUCCAUGCAUCGGAGAGGUCUACGUGUUCGUCGGACGUGUACGAACACAUGUGCCAGGACUAUGGGUUCAAGAAAAGGAGAAGACACCCCUGGGAGCUAAGCAGCGCGCAGUCGCAUAUACUUGGGUCGAGCGCGUUCUUUUCAUCCGCAUGCAUCAUUCUCGUAGAACUUCUGAUGACCCACCGCGCCUUCAUGGCCUACUCCUGCAAUUCGACCCCUUGCCCGAGGUAACGUAUUCGAAUACCACGAUGAACCCUUUGACACCGACGAUCAGCAUCCUCCAUAAUUCGCGGGAACGCCAGAGAUAUUCGAAGGCACCGCUUCCUAAUCGCCGCUGCCGCGUAAUCGCCGCAUGGAAGACCUAUCGCCCUCCUGCUGAAGAUAUGAAGCGGGAUGGUGACAACGUUCAGCAAAAUGAGGGAGGACAGUCUGACCGUGUAGAAGGUGAUCAUGAUGCUGCUCUUCAACCGCUGGACGAUGAUGAAUUAUCAGUCAUCCAAAACAGUAUUGCCACCCCUGUGCGCUUGCGUCACCGGUGGUACAGCCCCACGAUGGAUCAGCACCAGUACAUGAUUGACAGGGUCCAGACAGCGGGGAUUGAGAUCAUUGUCUACCUACCUGUCUGGAAUGUCAGCCUUCGAGCUUUACAUGAGAUGAGGAUUGGGGAGACAGGGGCCCAUCAACAGUCUGAUGGGCGGUCUGCGACCGCCUUGUCGAUGAUGAGCAAAUACAUGCCCCACAUCAAGGCUGGCCUCGAGGCUAUCAGCAGAGUGGCAGCGAGCGGGCGUGCCGGAGGGCAGGCAAGGAAACGCACAAACGCCGGCGCCAGUAAAUGUAAAGCGAGUACACCUUCCGUUAAGACUACAUUGACGUAA